UGUGCGUUUGUCCCCAUUAAGCAAGGCGACACGACCUUGUCCUACUCUGUACCUAGGUCCCUGUUUUAUUCCACCACCAACUCCAUACGAGUACGCACGAUCUUAUACAUUUAUGGACGACCCUCAACUUAAUUCAACACACUCUCAAAGUUGUUAAGCAGUCAGUUUCGUGGUCAAAUAUUUGUAUCUGUCACUCUCUGUCAAUUUCACAUACCCAUACAUAUUCACAUGCUGGAUCAGCGACUUUUUGAGUAGCAGCGUUGUGUUUUUGCUCUUGAUCUGAGGUAAGUACUUGGUACCUAGGUAUUUUAUAUCUCAGUCCUUGUCCUUGUGGCCACUUCCAUUACAUUCAUAUUCAUAUUCAGUUUCAUCUUCAAUAUUCAACAUCAACCAUAUCAAUUACAUCAAAACUCAACACCUCGAUAUAAAUUAGUCAAAGUGUAUUCACUCACACGUGUAUAGUCACUAUGUCCAGACACAACCAACUCAUAGAUCUGACCACACCCGAACCUGAGCCAAUACCUCAAUCAAAGCGGAAACGGGUUCAAGAAGUUGAUUUGACAUCACCUCCACCUGGGCCUCGACCUAGGCAUGAACCCAAACCAGCGCCAAAAGCUCAGUUUAUCGAUCUUACAGAGGAUCUCUCUAACGAUGCUGACGAAACCCAAAAUUCUUCAACCAACUCAGCGGCUCCUAGCAGAAUAAAUAGACCAAGUCUAUCCAAAUCAACACCAUCUGUUUCUAUUGGUGCUGCAACGUUCUCUGCGAAGUCCAACUUGGAUGAACGAUCUGCCAACUCUCCUGUAAUUAAGAGUUCUCCUAAAAACUCAAAGCCUACGGCCCAAAGAGAGCAAAGCGUACCAUUGCCAAGACCUCGCUUUAGGAUUCCUUCUCCUGUCCCGGAAAGACAUCCAUCAAGCAAUUUCCCAAACCUACCAGGCCUAGAAAGACCUGCCAAACAAGGAAGUCUAGCAACCUCGAUCCAGAAAAAACCUGAUGCAGAACGACCCCAGCAACAGCCAGUAGUAAAGGGCGAACCCUCCACGGGUAUAAACCCGGAAGGUCAGCAAUCCAAAAGAGCUGAUUCGCAGACACUGCGCAAGAAUCUAGCACAGAAGCUAGAAAUCGCUCCCUCGAAGCCAGCGAGUCCACAGCAAACACAACGUACAAAUGCAGACCCAGGACUAGAGGGCAGAGAGUCGAUAAUACUCGGUACACAAUCAAAGAUCAACAAUAACGUACCAGAGUUGAGAAGUGCACAGUCCAACCUAGGUAAUACGUCAUUGCCUCCUAAGAGUGUCGUACCAGAGCAUACUCAUUCUAGAUCAGCCAGUGCGCAAUCACAACUUAAGAGUACAGUGACAGCGCCAGAGAGGGCUCAAUUCAAAGAUGGCAGUAUCCAAAGCCAGUCCAGGAGUAAUGUUACGCAACCAGCAAACAAAGCUUCUGUCAGGCAUGCAGGUUAUUCGUCUAAAGAAGACGACGAGAGAUCAGGCAGGAAGGCAACAGAGUCCACUUCAGGGAUAUUUGCCGCUGCGCAAGACAAAAACAAACUGUUGAACAGUUUCGACGGCCCACGCCCCCACACAGAUUCCCCCUCGGAGUCCUCUCGCGGUCGUACUGAAGGGCAAAAUGUCAUAACUAGCACCUCUUCUGUUAUGAAGCCUUCAGAAUUGGAUGAUAGUGUCGACUUUAAGGCACUACUUCUUAGCUUCAAGGAAGAUAUGGAGGUCACCCAUGCCUUCAAUGUAGCCUACCUCUCAGAAGAGGCGAGCAAGAUGACCAGCAAAGAUGCUUCCCAGACUCAUCCUGCCAAAGAGCUCUCUCCAUUCGCUUCAAUGAAAUCUAUUGAAAACAUUCUAGCGAAUCCGGAAGAGUCAAAUGUACUUUCAUUCAAGGCUGGGGUAAGUCUAUCUCAAGUGUAGUCUAUAAGAUGAUGGUACUGUUAUACUGAUAGCGAUAGGUUCCCGAUAAUAAGGGUAAACUUACUCUAUCAACCAGCCGCGUUGUGUCAAACCAAAUCACCUGUGAUUACGUGCCUAUACCUAAAUACACCUCGCUAACCUUUAUUCAUCGCAACAUACUUUGCCCUGAUGAUGGGAAGCCAAAGGUCAGGCUUCAAGAGGACGAGCUAGGCAGCAACGGAGACAUAUCAGACGACGACCUGGAUAAAUCGCACAAGGCUCAUCCCUACAAGCCGUACUGGCAGGCUGAGUACAAAAAGCGCCUGUACGGCAACAUACAGUUCUGGCUCGAGGAAGGCAAGAUCAAGUGUACGCAAGAACACCUUGAAAAAUACCUUAUUGCUCAGGAUACAGGUUUUCAGAAUAAAUUUGUGGAAAGGAACGGAACUUUAUAUGAUGCCAAAUUAUGCAUUGAUGCAUAUCAAGUUGCCCGCCGAUUUACAAACGCAUUCGACAAGGUAUUCGAGGCCAAGCAACUACUUUACGCCAAAAAAGGAAAGAAGGGAAAAAAUGGCAUGAAUCUCAACGAGCCAUUGAAGCUUAACUUACAAGACGUGCUCUUGUCAAAAGGCCGACAGGACGAGUUAUUGGAACUUGAAAACUCUAGCAAACCCGGCCGGACAUCUCUCGAUAAUCAUCAACAGGCUCCUCAAACUCCCAUGUCUGCUGUUGAAACAUAUACUACGCUGACAUGUCUCAUUUGUGGGGUAAUCGAAUGCCAAACCCACGGGGAGUUCACGGAGGAUGAGGCUGGAUAUCUUACGAAACCCGAACGUAUUACGAUUCAGCCCGAUGACUUGUUGCGAAAGCACAUAGAGAGACAAGAAAAGCUUGGCAGUGAUCGAAACGACGCCAAUCAGAGUCCAUGUUCGUCAGAUUGCUAUCUUGUUGUUGGGGCGGGAACAACCCCCUUUCGGGCACUCACAGAAGCUGAAAUCAACGAUAUUAGCUUACUACUGAUCUCUGUAGGCCGCCUGACUGAUCGCUGUUGUUAUAUUGCGUUUGGCCUAGGAUUGCCAUGUUCCCGUGUUUUUCAGGAAAUGUAUGCCCUUACUUCUUUCCUCUACUCUUAGGAUGCCAUUUACUAAUGCAAACCUUUUAGUGAUCGUCAAGAGCGAGAAAAGAAAAUUAUACCUCCGCAGCCAAAGCUCUCUGAGGCGGGUAUUAGAGCAGCCAAGAUUGCUUGGUACGACAAUAAACGAAAAGUCCUAGAUCCCGAUUGGAAAGAGAUGACAUGUACACACAUUCAGGAAAAAAGGACGCAAGCAGUUCCCGUAAGUUAAAACCCAGCGAUUCUAAAAUCUUCCCCUAACGACCAAUAGUGCCACCAUGCCGGUCCCUGCUCCGUGGAUGUCAACUGCCCUUGCUUUUUAGAAAGUCUUCUCUGUGAAGACAUGUGCAGUUGUUCGGAUGACUGCCCUCGACGUUUCAUGGGGUGUAGCUGCCGUUCUAACGAUAAAUCCUGUCUGGAUGGAACGUGUAUAUGUAAAGAGAUGAACCGUGAAUGCGGACCACACUGCUCUUGCGGGGCUCUUGAGCGUCUGAAUCCAGCGAACAGACAUAACGAUGAUCUCUUUGCCACGGGCUGCCAGAACGUGGUACUGCAGAGAGGUGUUCCUAAAGCCACUUUAGUGGGCAUUAGUCAAUUAGCUGGACAAGGACUUUAUGCCGGGGAGCCUAUACUCAAGGGUGAUUACAUCGACGAAUAUUGUAGCGAGGUAGGUAACUCUAGCACAUAAUUCGUACGAACAACGCUAACCGGUCCCAAAUAGCUCAUUUCCCAAGGAGAAGCCGAUCGACGAGGUAUCACAUAUGAUCGCCACGGUUUGUCUUUUCUUUUUGACUUGAACAAAGAAUGGGCCCUUGAUGGACACCGCUACGCAAAUAAGACACGGUUCAUAAACCACGCCGCUACCUUUCAAACUGGGUUAAACUGCAAAGCUGAGAUUCUUUGGGUGAAUGGGGAGCAUCGGAUCAAGUUUUAUGCACUCCGCGACAUCGAGGCAGGCGAAGAACUUCUUUUUAACUAUGGGAAGGUAUUCGCCGAAAAACACAAUCUUAACAAGAAAUUGCCGAAGAUGCAGAUUUCUAAAAAGCUCGCGGCGGAAGGAGCAAAAGAGUCUGGAGGUGCCAGCCGAUCUACCAAAGGUGGCAGAGCUACCAGGGGCGGCCACGGGCUCUCAGGAAGAGCCGGAAAAUAUGGACAGAAUGACCGAGACGAGGAUGUUGAAGAGGAGGCUCCGGAAGAGGAAGAUCCCGCAGAGCUUGAGAUCCUGAAUCGGAUUGCUGAGAAUGCCGGCAAUGAUGAUGAGGACUACGAAGAGGAUGGGAAUAUUUGUUGGUAUCCUGGUUGUCGAAAGAAGUAUGCUCGCAUUGAUAGUUUGAGGAAGCAUCAGAGACAAAUGGGACAUGGUAAUAUUUGAGGAAUUGGACGGGAUUUGUAGGAUGCGAAGAUACCCCUUGUAGUUAUUUGGUGAGAAUGUGCGGCGUUUUUCAUAGUUGGGAGUACUAAAUUGAGGAGUAAAUUGUAUGUGAG